AUGACCCAAGCUGGUUCAGACGUCCACCAGCCAGGCAACAUCAGGAUGACCCUGGAGAACUCUGACCUCUGGAAGUCCUUCCACAGUGUGGGAACUGAGAUGAUCAUUACCAAACAUGGCCGGAGGAUGUUUCCCCACUGCAACAUCAGUCUGUCUGGACUACAACCCAAUGUGAAAUAUGUCAUCAUGGUAGAGAUGAUUCUGGCUGACAACUUUAGAUACAAGUGGAACAAGGAGCAGUGGGAGGUGAGCUGCAAGGCGGAGCCCCUGCCCCCCUGCAGGACAUACGUGCACCCCGACUCUCCCGCCCUGGGAAGCCACUGGAUGAAGCAGUCUGUCUCCUUCCUCAAGCUCAAACUCACCAACCACACCCUGGACCAACAUGGCCAUAUCAUCCUGCACUCCAUGCAUCGCUACUACCCGAGAUUCCACGUCAUCCAACCAGACAGCCCCUACACGGUGCGCUGGGGAAACUUCCAGACCUUCUCUUUCCCAGAGACGACCUUCACUGCAGUCACAGCCUACCAGAACCUGAAGAUCACGAAACUGAAGAUUGACCACAACCCUUUUGCUAAAGGCUUCAGAGAGGAUGGCACCAAUAUGCAGAGCAAGAGGUGUCGAACAACCAAGAGCCCCAAGAAAGACAAAAAGAGAGCCAAAUAUGACAACGAGGUCGAAUACAAAAGCCCUCCGGGCCUCCAGAGGGCGGUAACUGACUGUGAGCAAGCGGAGGGCAAGUUGACCCUGGGAGCUGAAGAAGAUGGGUGUUCCAAAGGGCACGACUCAGCUUGGUUUAUGCCUCAUUCUCAGAGUCUUCACACCGAACCGUCGGACGUUCACGGACUGGACUACAGCGCCGAGGAACAGAUGGUUCCUUCCUCCAUGCCCUACCAGCCUUACAGAUCUGUGGACUAUCGACUUCCUUCUCCCUCUUCCUCUGUGGCGGAGGACUGCAAAGGACGUCAGAGCUACGAGUGCCAUGCCCCCGACGUGGCCACCGUUCCCAGGGAUGACAUCACCCGACCGGUGUCAAUCAGGGAACACCGCCCCCUGACCCAGGCCACGCCCAGCCACGAUUACAGGGUCAGCCCCGAAUACAGGGUCAGCCCCAGUGUGGACGUGCCUGGACUAUCCAGACCCAGCCCUGGCCUCCUAGGAUACCCCCACUAUGGACACUACCUGACUGACCAAACCAUGGCUGGACAAGGACACGGUGGCCAGUACCGUAGGCCCUCCCUGCCCCACCAUCACCACCCACUCAACCCAGCAGAGCACGCCGGCCCCCAACACAGCUAUCACCAUGGCAACUCGGCAGAGUGGAGCCAGUACUCUCUCUUCUCCUACACUUGUUGGUAAUCCCCGUCUCUCGGAUCGUGACAAUGCUAUUCUGAUGACAGGCAGGAGCCACGGCUGUCUAGGCGAACACGGAGGCUCGUUCUUUUAGGGGUCCAGUUUGCAGGGUUCUCUCAUGUGGGGACAUAUGGACACGUGGGCCAGGAGUGGAGCAUGCCCCGUGUGCCUGGGCUGUUCCCAGGCUAGCUAUGCCUGGAGCAAUUUUGCUGAUGGAACAACAUCGGUGGCAGAUCACAUAUAGAGCAGGAUUAUACCGUGGCUGUGACCCCCACUGAGAACAACAGUGCACGUGUGAACUGCUGUUUGGAGGUGUUGGUGCUUGUACUGGAGAAAGCUUGUGGUUGUGCAGGCGUGAAAACACGAGGAGAUUAAAGAUAUUGUUUCACUAUGCUGGUCCAAUGAAGUAAUGGGCGCAUGCAGAUGUCUUUUGAAAAUGGAUUUGAUCCCUUUCUCUUUUGUCAGCACUGACACCGUGAAAACUACAAUAUAAUAAAGACCUAACCUCUGCAUCCAGAUGGCUCUUUGACACAUGUUACAAUGCCAUGAUUGUGUGACCCGUUACACGCUGAAUUUAAAUAAGACUUUUCAUGAAUGGAAUUACAAUUUUAACCAGACAUAUUUUAACCCGUUAAGGAGUGGUAUGUUUUAGAAAACAAAUAAAUAAUCUUUAAUCUUAUCCUGUUAACAUCUUAUUUCUUACCAUUUUAAUCAUUUUAAAUUCAGCUGUAUGAUCUCAAAUGGUAAAGAAACACAAUACAAACAUAUUUCAAUGUCACAAAUGGCUUGGUUUACCACACAGCUCCAACAGACUGUGUCAUGCACUGUUAUUUAAAUAUUUCAGCAGUCUUGCAUGAUGGCCGGUCUAACGUGCCACCAGCAAGGCACUGUUAGCACAGUGAGGAGAGAGGAGCACAGAAUGACACAGUGACAUAAGGACAGAGAAGAGGGGACAGAUCCCUGUGCACAGACAGAUCAGAGUGCACACAGAAACGCAGGGAAGGUUCCAGAUAGUUGGUUAAAGAGAGUGAUGACGAUAAGCCUGGCCUGGUUUUCGCGGCAGAAGGCAGGAACGUAUGUGCUGUAAAUGUUUAAUACGGUGUGGAUUUGUGUGUUGGGGAGGGUAGGGGGGUGGCAAACAGAGCGUGCCUGAGAGAAACUGCAACUGGGCCACGAGGCCCAUGAGAGCACACUAUCAGAGUAGGGUCAGCUGGAC